UGACCGGUAGAAUGUGUUGGGGCGUCAGGGGAUGGGAGGUCAAAACAAAUGUGGGUGUUGAAACGGGAGGGUGAGGACGGUCCAUUCAACAGCAACGUGGUGGUACAUCCUAGCGGCGGCGGGAAGCAAUGGGCUGAGCAUGCUGCUGCCUUGGUGGGGGUUAAACACUCACUCUCGCCGCUCGUCCACACUCACACGGAGCCCGCCCGCGCGACCCUCCGCAAGACCGGUGGCCCGCUCCAAGACAACUUUUAGACGGGCCUCGACGCGGAAGUCUCCACCGGUGACGCUUUUAUCUUGGGGGGGAAAGUUGAGGCCCGGUAAAUUAAAUGAGACGACUUUCAUUUUUUUGAGAAGCGAAAAAAGGGAGCGAACCACUUGGAGGGGAGACGGAGAACGGUGCGCCGUCUUCGAAAGCAUCCAGAUCGAACUUACUCUGUUUUUUUUUAAUUGUUGUUGUUUUUUUUUUUUGCUGGAACGAAAGAGUUUUGGUCACUCUCAAAAGGAGCUUCGUGGGACCUUCCUUUUUCCCCGUUUUUUUAAAUCGGAAACUUUGGAGAACUCUGGUAACAGCUUGUCGCUCUUGUCAAUGACUUGAUUCGCCUAUGAGCAUGUGUCCCAACCUUAACUCGCUUGAAAUUCGAAGUGGUAGUUGCGCACGAAAAAAAAAACAACUUGCUAAGAGUGAAAAAAGUACGAGCACCUAGUCCAAAAUGAAAGUGAACCAAAGAGGUCAAAGUGAUGAAGAGGAAGCAAACAUCUUGAAAGAGCACUGAGUCCCUGCACUUCGAGGGGACAAGACGAAGAAGAGCAGCCUAUGCACAAGACCCCCAUCCCAAAGCGCUGGGCACAACAAGAGAUGUGUGUGUUGUGUUGUGCUGUUGAGGGGGAGGUAAAGAGAAAAGAGACGGAUAAAGUUCGAGAGUGAGGCGGCUAAUUGCUCAGUCGCUCCCUCAUUAGCAUAUCCAAUGCGCGUCCGCUGGACACAAGCCAAUCCUCCCCACCUUCACACGCUGCCACUCAUCUCCAAGCAUUAUUCACUAUCAUAAUUAUUAUACCGACAUGCGCAACCUCACGCACAGCCGCGACAGUGAGAGCGGCUAAAUUCCACAGUUCGUCCCCGCACUUUGCCUGCAGACUCUUUUUUUGGGAGGGGGGGUGGGGGUGUAGGGGGGAGAGAAGAACUUUGUCAAGUGGACCGGUGCGCACUGCGCUGAUGUGGCUGAGCCGCGCGCACACGCACAGCCCCGGACUCUCACAGCAGAAGCAGCGGCGAAACCAACGCCGGUACGGACACCAGUGCCAACACCAAAAACAGAACCAGUACCAGCAUGUCCCGGCGCAAGCAAGCCAAGCCGCAGCACCUCAAGUCGGAAGAGGAUGCGCCCAUUAGCGGGAUCAUUUCUCAGCAUGCUCGAGGUGAUGUGCUGGAUGAUGCUGACAGCGGGAAUGAAAGCCGCAGCGGCAGUGAAGAGACUCAUGUGUGUGAAAAAUGUUGUGCUGAGUUCUUCAAGUGGGCAGAUUUCUGUGAACAUUUAACGAGCUGCAUCAAGAACCCACUAGUGCUGAUUGUAAAUGACAAUGAGGAAACACCUAUUCCCUCCCAGGAGUACUCAGAACCAUCCCCUGUGCCCAGUUGCCCGAGUGAGCAAGCUGACAGCGAUGAUGCCAGGGACGGCAACCGCACACCCGCGAGUGAGGGCGACGAUGUCUCAGAGAUGACCACGUCCAAUGGGAUCAGGAUCCUAGAAAAUGAGGAUGUGGAGAUGGAGGUAGAACUCUCUUCUGAAAAAAACAUGGAUCUUGAAGAAAGAGACGUGGCAUCACCUGAAGCAGAUGGCUCAGUAUCUCAGCUUGAUGAUGUCAGCCCCCCGAGUGUUACGAGCUAUACCAUGCCAAGCACUAAUGUUACCCUCGAAACACUGCAUGGCACCCGGGUAGCAGUUGCACAGUUUUCUCAGAGCAUUCGGGCAGCAGCAGGCAAUGGAGUUUCCACCAUGGCUAUCCCUAUGAUCUUGGAUCAGCUGAUGGCCCUUCAGCAGCAGCAAAUACACCAGCUGCAGUUGAUAGAACAAAUACGAAGUCAAGUGGCUCUGAUGAACAGACAGUCUGCAUCACAGCCUGCACUGAACCACCACAACACAGUGACUGGGAACCCCGGGCCGGUUUCUGCUUGUGCCCCCUCGGUUGCAAGUCAACUUCAGCUUCACAACUUUAUCACUCCUCCAGUUCAUCAGCUGCCUGUUCGGUUGUCGGCUUCUCUCAACAGCCAAGGUUCUUUGCCUCUGACCUCUGGAAUAGAAAGGCCUCACUCCCAAACAUCGAGUAGAAGUCAGCCAUCGAAUUCUUCAGUCUCCAAUACAUCCUCCAGUAGUUCAGUGUUUCCCCCACCCAGUGCCUCUGGAUUGUCAGCUCUCCUUCCAUCCUGCUCAUCAUCCCUCACCAACAUGAGCAUGAGCAAUAGUGUGACAGGAAACGGUGGAAUCAGUAGCAGUUCCACACAUCCCAGGAACUGCAGCACUCCGCCAUCGCUCAGUCACAACAGCCUUCUGAACUCAGCUUCCAAUCUACCGCUGAUACCUCACAGCUCGUCAAGCAGCGUCAUAUUCCCAAACCCAUUGGCUAGCAUAGCAGCAACAGCAAAUGCACUCGACCCCCUAUCUGCUUUGAUGAAACAUCGCAAGGGGAAGCCCCCAAAUGUGUCCGUUUUUGACACUAAGCCCAGUUCUGAAGACCCUUUUUUCAAGCACAAGUGUAGAUUCUGUGCCAAAGUAUUUGGCAGCGACAGCGCACUACAAAUCCACCUGCGUUCCCACACUGGAGAGAGGCCCUACAAAUGCAACAUAUGUGGUAACCGAUUCUCUACCAAGGGAAAUCUGAAAGUCCACUUCCAGAGGCACAAAGAAAAAUACCCUCAUAUUCAAAUGAACCCCUACCCAGUUCCUGAGUACCUAGACAAUGUUCCUACAAGCUCAGGCAUUCCAUAUGGUAUGUCUUUGCCCCCAGAAAAGCCUGUUACCACAUGGCUUGACAGUAAACCUGUCCUCCCUACUGUUCCCACCUCAGUCGGGCUCCAACUACCUCCCACCUUACCGAGUAUGAUGGGUGGCUUUGGUGAUUCUGCAAGCCUCACUCCCUUAAAUAGGUCACCUCAAAGGCCAUCACCCCCAUCAAGCGAAUGUGCAUCGUUGUCUCCGAAUAUUGUGAUUGACUCUGUAAUUACCACUACGUCAAUUUCCCCAAAACCCACACCGGGGAGUGAUAUACCUCCUGUCCUGAAGCCUGAAGGCAUUCUCCUGCCCCCAACCGGCCCGAGUCGGCCAGGGGAAAACACCACUACUACAACAACAGUAUCACACGUGGUUCUCUCCACUGCCAUCACCUCCACAACAUUGACUGGCAGUUCCCAGGUUUCUGAACCCAUCAACAGCCCAAACUCCUCCUCAAACCCGUUGUCCCACCCUGUUCUCCCCAUGCUCUCUGAUCAAUUUAAGGCUAAAUUUCCCUUUGGAGGCCUCCUAGACUCUAUGCAAACAUCAGAGACAUCAAAGUUGCAACAGCUUGUUGAAAACAUUGACAAAAAAAUGACUGACCCCAACCAGUGUGUCAUUUGCCACCGUGUUUUGAGCUGUCAGAGUGCUCUCAAGAUGCACUACCGCAUCCAUACCGGCGAGCGACCUUUUAAAUGCAAGAUUUGUGGGCGGGCAUUCACCACCAAGGGUAAUCUGAAAACACAUUUUGGUGUUCAUCGGUCCAAACCCCCUCUACGAGUCCAGCACUCAUGUCCUAUCUGUCAGAAGAAGUUCACCAACGCUGUUGUUCUACAACAGCACAUCCGUAUGCACAUGGGCGGCCAGAUCCCAAACACUCCAGUCACAGAAAACGUUCAGGAAAUGGACACAGACCUGUCAUUCGAUGAAAAGAGCAUUGAUGCAAUGAGCAAUUAUGAUGACGAUCUUCUGGAUGAAAUGGAGCAGGCUAUAGAUGAUGACGUUGAUUUAAAAGAAGGUGAAUUGGACCCAUUGAAACCUUAUUCACCUGGAAGCUCUCCACCAACUUCCAUAAUGUCGAGCAUUGCCGCGAUGGAGAACCAGAUGAAGAUGAUUGACUCCACUGCAAAAAUUACCAGUUCAUUUAUUCAAAAGCCUAGUCAAAAUUUCUGCAGCUAUGGAAGCGAGAAUGAAUGUUUUCCUACUGAUUCGCUGUCUGUAGCUGGGGAUGCAGAAUCUCAAAGCUUGGGGAGCCCUGCGCUGUCAGAGUCCUCCGGUUCUUUGCAACAUUUGUCUCCAGCUCACAGCCACUGUGAGAACCAGCGAUCCAAGUCCCCAGCUACCCUCAAUAAUCACAACACCGCUGUGGCAGUAGAGGAGAGCCAGGAGAACAAUGCAGUCGGCUUGGCAACUGUGAAGUCUGAAAAAUCUGAAACUCCAUCUCCACUUCCUGCAACAGAAGGCAAUGGGGCCCUGGACCUAACUGCCAUUCAACGGAGCAGACACUUUAUCAAGGAGGAGAGCCACUUCAGUAUGCUGUUUCUGAAUAGAGAUCGAGGUCUAAACACUCCUAGCUUGGCCAGCACUGCAUCAAAUAUGAUCAAAAUGGAAAUGAACGGGCACAGCAAGUCGAUGGCUUUGAGCGACAAUUCCCACCUGCCUGUGGGCAUCCAGGUUCCUGCUGCUGUAGCCCCCCAAGCCACCCUGAGCCCCAGCACUAACCCCAUGUUGGCUCCCCCACCCCCACGACGUACACCAAAGCAGCACAACUGCCACUCUUGUGGGAAGAAUUUUUCUUCUGCCAGUGCUCUGCAAAUCCAUGAGCGCACACACACUGGGGAAAAACCUUUUGCCUGCUCCAUCUGUGGACGGGCCUUCACUACUAAAGGCAAUCUAAAGGUCCACAUGGGGACGCACAUGUGGAACAAUGCACCAGCGCGCAGAGGGCGGCGAUUAUCUGUGGAGAAUCCCAUGGCCCUACUUGGUGGGGACGCAAUGAAGUUCAGCGAAAUGUUCCAGAAGGACCUGGCAGCUCGGGCAAUGAAUGUCGACCCCGGUUUUUGGAACCAAUAUGCAGCUGCUAUCACCAAUGGCUUGGCCAUGAAGAACAAUGAGAUCUCUGUGAUCCAAAAUGGAGGUAUCAGCCAGCUACCUGUCAGCCUCGGCGGUACAGGAAUCCCUUCGCUGCGAGCCAUGCCUAGUGCAAUGGACCGUAUGCACACAGGCAGCAGCUCUCCUAUGAGCGGGAUUGAGAAAGCUACCCUCGAGGUCGGGGCGAGCCGCCCAUUCUCCAGGUAUAUGGAGGAAAACAAAGAGAUUGGGAUCAAUUGAAGAAAGACAAGUGUCUUGAAGCUAAGACUAAAACUAAAAGUCUCAUAUGGAAAGAAACUGCUGAUAAAGUCUAAAAUUCAUGUUACUAUAUUAUGUACAGAUGAAAUAUUUUUUGCUCUUGGAAAUAUUGUAUUUAGUGUUGACUAGAGUUUUUUUGCAUUCCCUGUUCACUUGAUAUGAUGAAUGAUGCUUUGUCUCUUGUUUGGGAAUACAGAAUGUUGUCUUGCAAGAUUUGCAUGAGACUUAUAGUGUUUUUCUGUAUGUUUGACUGCUUUGAUGAAUUCUUUUGAAAACCGGGAUUUUGCCUUAUUCACAAUGGGCAAACAUCAUGAACAGGACUAAAACAGAAAAGAAUGAAUGUUUGUUCGUAGGCAUUCAGUCGACCUGCUUUACGAGUGCUGUUUUUGAUAGAAAACGACUACAGUAUAGUGUUUCUCUGCUCACCUGACAUUUGUUUUCUCAUGACUAGAAAACUUGAAAAAAAAGUUUUAACUAUUAUAAUCUUUACACUUAGUCUCAAAGCAUUGUCUUAUAAUAUUGUCCUGUGUCUUUAGUAUUUAUGAUAUUGACAACAAAAAAGAAAAAAAAGCGGGAUACAAAAAUAUAUUUAAUGGCCCACCCAUUUUAUUGAUUCCAUUGUUUUUAUUUUCCAACAUACAGACUUCACUGAUGAAUAUCCUGUUCAAUAAAAACAGUAAGUCAUUUGAGUUUCACAACAGAGAAUAUGCUGAGGUUUUUAUUUGGAUAGCUGGUAAGACUCUGUAUCUUAAAAUAUGGAGGUGACGUGACCUGUAUAUGAGGCUGGAGAAGUCCAAAGCUGCUAUGACCUCUGCCCUGCUUUUAACCUUUGUAAAAAAAAAAGAAAGACAAAAGAAGUGAUCCUUUUGAAGAAAAAUCUAUGUAUAGAAAUACAAAAAAUCUAAAACAGGUAUACACACAGUAUUUUGUAUCACAUAAAAACAGACAUCAUGAGUUGAAAGUAUUUGUCAUGUUUGUGCACUUUUUAAAAAUGAGACGUUUUGUCUGUGAUACGAUUAACCUUUUGACCGAGCUAUCAUAAGUGCUGUUUUCAUUGUUUUCGGCUUACCACUCCUACAAUUUGCAGUUGGUGAUUGCAUCAGUGCUACUCAUCGGAGUGCAAACCCAUAAGUCAGUCAAAAUCUUCGUAAAUAAAAUACUUGACCACAAUGGUGUCUAUGACUUAUAUUCCUCCUUCUGCAUCAUAGUGCUUGUUUCAAUAGGAUUUAGUCAAAAUAAAAGGCAUAGUCAGUGUCCUUAAAAA